AUACAAGGAAAUAUAUACCUGUCAUAAUAUUCUCCCCCAUUGUAGACGCAGGAUGUAAUUGCAGAAUAAAAUUGUACGCCUUGACACUAUAGAAACAAUUUGAGAGUGCAAAGUGUCACAAGCGUAGCCUUUUCUUCAUUGGAAAGACUUUCAGUGUGAUUUUUACUGCUUUUGUAAUUUGAUUCACAAUUUUUUGCAUUAUUUUUUAUAGUAGAGUGUAAGAAUCUUGUAUAGCAUGUAUACGUUUUCGGGGUGUAAUGAUCACACACCAGACAUGUAUACUGAAUUUAAAUAUUUAAAUGUGCAACUACUGCAAAACAACAAGGCUAGUAUAUAUAAUUAUCUAUUUUUAAUUUAAGCAAGUGCAAAUAACAUUGAAGUACUCUCUAAUCAGUGAUAUGGACAGGUUUCCUGGACGUCGUGUGAGGAUUGAUACAGGUGAUGGAUUUUGUGAAGGUAUUAUAAAGAGUAUAGAUCAAAAAGAACUAAAAUUAGUUCUUCGUAAAGUCAAAGAUUGUAAAACUGGUGAAAUCAUGAAAAUGGAACAACAUUUUUUUGGAGAUCAAAUUAAAGAUUUGACUUUGUUGGACGAUGAUGUAGAAAGAAGCGAAGAUAAUGAAAGAGUGAAAACAGUUGGCAACAAGUCAGUGAUGAAAUCAAACAAUAAAAAAGUAACGAAAAUGAAUAAAGAUGUGACACAAGAUCAAGAUAUAUUCAUGGAUGCAAGUGAUACUGGCACGUCUCUGUUUCAAAUGCCACAAAUGGAUCCAAGUCUGUAUCUUAGUGGAUUCGAAUAUAUCAAGCCAAUCGCUAAUGAAUUAAAAGAACCCCCUUCAGCUGUACUCAUUGGAAAACUUGGAGAUGGUUUCUCAAAUGCUAUUUCUAAAGUAAAAUCACAAAAAGUUAUAUCUUUGGUUGCUGAAGGACGAAACAUUAGUCGCUUUGGAGACAUAAAUCUAUUGUUAAUUGGUACAAGGAAGAUGGUAUAUAUAUUUGACAUUGCGUCAAUAGGCAAAGAUUGUUUUUCUGAAGGGAUAGCAAGUAUACUAGAGGAUAAAAACAUAUUAAAAGUUGUACACGACGUCCGCAUGCUUAGCGAUUGUCUUCAUUACAUAUAUAAUGUGAAACCUGUCAACGUGUUUGAUACGCAGGUUGCGGAUGCGUUUAUUCACAAGCAAUCCACUGGGUUUUUUCCGCGAGAGGUAUCCAGCCUAACAGAAUGCGUUGUUACUUAUUUAAACAUCAAUCCCAGUGACUGCACGUUUGAAAGUGAAAAGAAGAAAUUGUUACAGGCAAAUAUAAACAUAUGGCUGGAAAGACCACUUGAGAUGGACUUUCUUAAAGUUUGUGCUAUGGCCGCCAUGUAUAUUCGAGAACUGCGCCCUGUUAUGAUGGAACGUUUGCUGGCAGAAUAUCUAUGUGGUGUUGAUGUUUACCUAGACAGUGUGAGAGAUAUGUCUAACCAUGCUGCCAAACUGGUGAAUCGACAAAGAUUGCCAGAGGGGUUUCAAAAAAUCUCAGGGUUAAAAGAGCAGGGGAGACAUCACAACAAUCAAAAUAAACGCAACAAUCGACGUUUUCUGAAAGAAAGAGAAUUAGAGAACUACAAUAGCGGAAGUUUUGAGGAAAGUAUGAAGCGAAGAGGUCCGUGGGAUACUGGGAUAGAGUUUAAAGAAAGACAUCGCGAGAUACACGGUGAGAUUGUGGAAUGUAUGGACAGAAAGACGCCUCUUCUCAACCCAACGAAACCAAUACUAAAAACUAAUAAUUCGCGCGCUGAAAACAAUAUAGUAACGACGCAAGCGAGUGUUAUACAAAAAGAUGUGAACGCCGCAAGUAAGGCGACGACGACGACAAGAGGAAGUGUAAUAUCAAAGACUAAUAAUGUAGAUGACAGAAGUAACAUUUCAAAUUAUUCUGACAAUAAAAAUGAUAAUCAACCAACCUCCAAUCGUUUUCAAUCUGAUCCUUAUAAAUUUGACGAAAAAAGUUUUUAUGACGAAUUUCAAAUGUCAACGUCGGACUCUGAUGAUUCAAGUAUAUACUUAUCUUCUGCGUGUGAUUCCAUAUCAGAGAUGAGUAUAAAGAGUAAAACUUUCGCUGAUAGGGCAAAAAUGACGCCAGCUGGAAAACAAUUGAUAAAAAAUUACCUAGGUUCAAAUACCUCAAAAACAAAAAACGAAACAAAAAGUCCCAGUAACCCUACUACACCGCCGUCAAUAAAUGAAUCAGAAUACCCGAAACUAACGGCUGAUUCGGAAAGGCAUAAAAAGCAGAGUAAGAAAGUAUCUAUCUCGCCUAAGGGCGUCAAUAUUACCACGACGCCCAAUGUAGGAGGGCGUGGCCGAAUACAUCAAUUACUGAUUGAGCAAAGUUUGAAGAACACGAAAACAGAACCGGUUACACGUCGUGUUUUUACGACAGAAAGAGAAAGUUAUGAUUUCCCUUCAGAUGAUGAACUUUUAGAUACACCUCACGUAGCAUCUAUGGUUGGAGAGGACAUCGUAAAUGGAGAAAGGAUCAACGUGUUAAAGAAAUUUCACUAACAUAAACGUCAGUUCUGUUACUGCUAGACUUUUGUGGGUUUAUUAUCCCGCAUGGCACACCUCCAUUUUUAUGUAUAUAUUGAUGUUUUGUUUUUUUGGUUAAUGUUUUGAUCGCCGUGUAAAAGAUAGCGCUGUAAAUAUUUCUUCAGAAAUUAUUUAAGCUUCUGUUCUAAAUAGGACUGAAGAAUCACAACAGCAACA